AUGACAGACCAUGCCGAAAGUUUGCCACAUGCGAAAAGUCUAGAAGCUGCAGUAGCGAAUUUCUUGGCAGCGUUCAGCUGCGGCCAUCACCAGAUGACUGUUGCGGAAGCUGAGACUUGCGUGCGGACCAGCCUCCAUCCUGAAGGUAUUCCAGAAAUGAAUGAAAAGAUGAAAGUGAAAGUUCUGGAAGGCAACUCUAGCGUUGCCUGGCUGGUAGCCUUGCUAUGCGUGUUUGGUACCGCAUGGCGGAAGAGGACUAAGAUUGGAGAAGCCCUGAACCCAGGACCGAAGCAAAAUCGUGAUUUUCUGCUGGAGAACGUGUCGUUGAUUUCAGCAAGAACUCAGGAAAAUGGCGCGCUUGAGCGCUUUGAGGUCAGAGAGGGGGAAGCGGAGGGCGGGGCGGAGAUGGCUAGCCUCAGUGAAGAGAUGGUGGGGGAAAUCAAGGAGGCCUUUGAGCUCUUCGCGCGCUUCGGGGGCACCGACACCGUGGAAGCCAAGAAGCUGGGCACGUUGCUGGCGUCCUUGGGGAUGAACAUGCCCGAUGAGGAUGGGAUGCCCAGGAGCUUGCUGCAACACGAGGGGAGGAGAGACAAUGUGAUCCACCUGGAUGACUUUUUGGUCUUCAUGGAGAAACGGGUAAAAGAAGACCACGCUCGACAGGAGGAAGAGCUCCGAGAGGUUUUUCAAAUGCUGGACAAGGAUGGCACAGGAUGGGUGAACAUGUCAGAAGUCCAUGAUAUCAUGGCGAAGCUGGGAAGUGGAUUGGAGAGCAAAUUUCCAGAUGAUUGGACUCCCAGAAGUGAGCCUCCUCAGAAGGAAAACUGGGUUGACUGGGAGAAGUUCAAAGAGAUGCUAGGCUCCUAG